UUCCGGGAUCACACCACUUCCACUUGGGAUCCUGGCGAUAUGGCUGAUAAUGGAAUGGGACCGUGUUAUCGUCAGCGCCAAAUAGACAAACCCAUAGUGUAGCCAUUUUAAAAUCACUGGUCGAAUAGAGCCGUAGAACAUAUUCUUACAUAGUCUAAAUAAUAAUUAGUGAUUAAAUAGGCCUAUAGGUAUUCCAUAGCCACCUCCUUCACUUGCCACCACGUAAGCUACCACGGUAGCUGCACAAACUUGUCGCAGUGGAUAGCAUACAAUCGUUUGGAUUGCCCUAUCUACAGGACUGAGUCUCGCGUAUUCGGAUCUUUUCAGGCCGUGGGCCCCUGGCUGUGUGAGAUGGACAGGAUGAAGAUCAUCAAGCGGAGGCUGUCCAUGUCUCUCCGCAGCACCCGGCCCGUAGACGACUCCCUGUCUGAACUGGCCGAGCAGAUGACUCUGGACGAGCCCUCUGCAGCCAGAGAAAACGAGCCCAUGGUGGUGUGUCCUGUUAGUAUACAUCCCCCAGCCUCUCACAGCGCUCCGUCCUUCCUGCGUCAGUACGCUGGCCACCUUGGCCGCACCGCUGCCCUGCGCAGAGACAACCCAGGCCUGGACCGCGACAGGCCCUACCUCACCCUGCACAGGACCGGAUCCCUUGGUAUCGUCCAUGAGAACGUGAAGAUGGGCUCAGACGGGGAGAGUGAUCAGGCAUCUGGGACGUCUUCUGAUGAAGUCCAGAGUCCAGUCAGGGUCCGCAUGAGGAACAACCACCACAGACGCAUCUCCAAUGAGGACAUAAACAAGCGCCUGUCUCUGCCGGCUGACAUCAGGCUACCGGAAGGCUACCUGGAGAAGUUUGCCAUGAACAGUCCGCCCUUCGACAAGCCCAUGAGCCGCAGGCUACGAAGAGCCUCAUUGUCUGAAAUCGGCUUUGGCAAGUUGGAGACGUACAUCAAACUAGACAAACUAGGGGAGGGAACCUAUGCUACAGUGUUUAAGGGGCGCAGCAAGCUGACUGACAACCUGGUGGCUCUGAAAGAGAUCCGAUUGGAGCAUGAGGAGGGGGCUCCCUGCACUGCCAUCAGAGAAGUGUCUCUGCUGAAGGACCUGAAGCAUGCCAACAUUGUUACCCUACAUGACAUCAUCCACACUGACAAGUGCCUCACGCUGGUGUUCGAAUACCUGGAGAAAGACCUGAAGCAGUACAUGGAUGACUGUGGCAGCAUCAUGAGUGUACAUAAUGUUAAGAUCUUUCUGUUCCAGUUGUUGCGAGGGCUGGCGUACUGCCACAGGAGAAAAGUCCUCCACAGAGAUCUCAAACCUCAGAACCUGCUCAUCAACGACAAAGGAGAGCUCAAACUGGCUGACUUUGGUCUGGCCCGGGCCAAGUCUGUCCCCACUAAGACCUACUCCAAUGAGGUGGUGACACUCUGGUACCGCCCGCCCGAUGUCCUGCUGGGCUCCACAGAGUACUCUACACCCAUUGACAUGUGGGGAGUGGGUUGUAUCUUCUAUGAGAUGAUGACAGGCAGACCACUGUUCCCUGGCUCCACAGUGGAGGAUGAGCUGCACUUGAUAUUCCGUAUCCUAGGCACACCAACAGAGUUGACCUGGCCUGGGAUUACCACCAGCGAGGAGUUUAAGACCUACAAGUUCCCCCGUUACCACGCUGAGCCCCUGGUCAACCACGCACCCAGGAUAGACAGUGAUGGACAUGAUCUUCUUUCACUGCUACUACAGUUUGAGCCGAUGAAGCGUGUAUCGGCUGAGGAGGCUCUGAGACAUCCAUACUUCAGGAGCCUGGGGGAGCAGGUUCAGACACUGUCUGACACGUCCUCCAUCUUCUCUGUGAAGAACAUUCAGCUCCAGAGAGACCCAGGGAAGAGGUCUUCAACCUUCCCAGAGUCAGCAGUGGCCCAUAAGCUAGGCUCCGCCCCCUCGCAGUACUUCCAGAGAGAAGGAGCCAAUCCCAGGGCUCAGAGUCACGGCCUCUCCUCCCCCUCCACAGGCUGAGUUGCCCCUCCCAUUCUGCCCAGGGGAAGAGUAGGAGGCAAAGUGUGUUGUUUUAGUGUCGGUGGGGUUGGGGGGGAGGGGGGGUUGUGAGGAGGACAGUGACGUACGGAACUGUCACACACACACACCAACCCCGCCACACACACCGAAGGAGUCCAACACACACCCUGCCACACACACUCACCCCGAAGAAUCCAACACACACCCUGCCACACACACACACAGAAGGAGAGAAAACACACAGUACUACCCAAAACAAAAACAACAAGUCAACAACACAAGACUGAGGAACACUAAAUGGGGAAAAACAAAUGACUUAACAUAAUGAAGCCAGAGGAUGAGAAGACUUGAGGAUUUGAACAUGAAGGUGAAUAUGUAAGAAGAGGAAGAUGAGAGGAGCGAUCCUCCGUGCUGCUUCUUCUGCUGCUCAGAGUACAGCAGUGAUUAGGGCCGCUUUGGACUAAGCUGAGUGGAUAUGGUUUGAACAGGAUUUGCUGUAUCAGUGAGUUCUAACAGGGGGGGGGGGGUAUGAGGGGGUUGGGGAAUGUGAGCCUCUGCACCCCCAGGCUAGAGGACGGGCAUGUUUAAAGUGAGGGAGGGAAGGAGGGAUGAGCGGGGUGGGGAACGCGAGCCUCUGCACCCCCAGGCUAGAGGACGAGCAUGUUUAAAGUGAGGGACGGAUCCUCUCCUCUCUCCCUUUUACUUUCUAUAGUCUAGACUGAGCUGUAGAACUCUGCUUUUUCAUAUCACACCAUAACCAUAAGCCCUAACCUCAACCCCUAACCCUAACCAACACCUAAACCCCUAACCCUAACCAACACCUCAACCCCUAACCCCAACCAACCCCUAACCCCAACCAACACCUCAACCCCUAACCC